CGCCCCUACCGCUUUCCCAGCCCACUCCUGCUGCUUCCCGGAGGUGCCAGAGGAGCAGACUGUGGCCCAUGGGGCCCUCGGUGCUGCCAGCCUGGCUGCAGCCCAGGUAUAGGAAGAAUGUAUAUCUUUUCAUCUAUUACUUAAUUCAGUUCUGUGGCCACUCAUGGAUACUGGCAAAUAUGACAGUCAGAUUCUUCUCAUUUGGGAAAGAUUCCAUGGCCGACACGUUUUACGCUAUUGGGUUAGUUAUGCGGGUUUGCCAAUCCAUUUCCCUUUUGGAACUUCUGCACAUUUACAUUGGCAUUGAGUCGAAUCAGCUUUUCCCACGGUUUUUGCAGCUCACAGAGAGAGUGAUCAUUCUCUUUGGGGUGAUCACCAGUCAAGAGGAGGUCCAAGAGAAAUGUGUAGUGUGUGUUUUAUUCAUCCUUUGGAAUCUACUGGAUAUGGUAAGGUACACUUACAGCAUGCUGUCAGUCAUAGGGACAUCUUAUGCUGCCUUGACAUGGCUCAGUCAAACACUCUGGAUGCCAAUUUACCCUCUGUGUGUUCUUGCUGAAGCAUUCACCAUCUAUCAGUCACUGCCUUAUUUUGAGUCAUUUGGUACAAACUCCACCGUGCUUCCGUUCGACCUAUCUACCUGUUUCCCUUAUGUGCUGAAGCUGUACCUCAUGAUGCUCUUCAUAGAGCAGGAGGAAACACCAGGUUUGAGAAGAAACCGGACUGAAAAGACAUGGAAAAUCUGAAAUAUGAAGUCUAGGCAGAUUUGUGCAUUCCUUGGGCAACAGCAAAUGUUUGGUUGCUGAUUCACAAUGAGAAAAUGUCUCCAGUGCCAACUUCCUCUUCACUAAUCAUUGUCUCCUGUGUUUCCAAGGUACUCUGGAAUCCAGAGCACUUUAAUGCAUGCAGAAAAACCUGGUCUGUUACACUACUCUCAGGCUUCCCUGUGCCAAAGGCCUGGUGUUUUUCUUAGCAGAUGUGCACCUUAAAGUGGGAGCCAAGAUGUCUGAUGCAGUAGAAAUAGAUAUUUUUGCUCCAUUUUAAAGCCGAAAACAAUGUUCCCCAUGGUACUGUUGCAAGACUUCAAACAAGCUAAGCAAAACGAAACAUCUAGUGUUUUCACAAUCUGGUACCCAAUAGUAAAUGCUAGAUGACUUUCAGUCUCUAGUUGGUAGGACAUACACAACAGUGCAUAUGGGAAGGAGAAGAAAAGCUGGUAUACAUUGCUUCUACCUUCUUUUUUCUCUUGGCUUAAACUAUCUCCUUGUAGUCCAAUCUGUGAAGGAAUUAUAUAUUUGGAAACUAGAACCAGUAGUGCUGCUGUAACUCAGUGCCCUUUGGGACAACAAGAAGAUACAUGCCACCCGUGAAUGUCAGCAGUUCUGUGUUUGUGAAAGGCCAGGCACUUGUCUUUGUAUGGAAGACACAAAAGUGCCUGACUUUGGUGCCAUGACUUUCCUUCCUAAUGAUCCCCUGUAUGUGUAUUCAGAUGACUGGUUGAAGACUGGGCCCCAGUUGAAGUCACAAUGAUCAACAAGCAUCAAAAGUAUAAUGCUGCCUGAGUCUCUAGCCAAUGCCAGAGCUGAAAUCAUGAUACUAUCUUUAGACCACUAAUACUUUAAGCUUUUAGGUCACUAAUAUUCUGGUGGAGAGAUCUUCAGUCUUAUAAAAAGAUUGAUCUUCUGAGGAGACAUGUAUCCCUUUUUGCUGGUCUAGCAUCCUAUCAUCUUUCUCCCAGGGAAACCCAGUUCAAGUUUGCUUGGGGCUACCUCCUCUGUGUCCAGGACUCAGGUCAACACCUGACUUAGGCCUAACCACUGAGUAUAUCCCACCUGUCAGGGACCCAAUACUUGUUAAAAGACCUACGUGUAUUCCUAGAGUCUGCCCAGUAUUGAUUCUGCCAUGCCGGUGGGGGAAAGAACUGUUCUUUAGUCUUGGUAAUGGUAGCUGGCGGACGUUUUGCUAAGUAGGAGGCAUGCUCUCCAGAGAAAGAGACCACAGCAUCAGGAUUUAUCAGACCAACCAUGAGUUUCUUGGUUUGUGAACUAAUAGCCUCCUUUGUGGCCACUAAUGUUGUGAAUUGGAUAACUUUCACGUGUAUUCAUGACAACCCAGCAUGGGAAUUCUACCUAUCACUGAUGAGUUUAACUUGGGUACCAGUCAGUAUCAUGCCUAGUGAUUGGAAUGUGCCUAGCAGUUCUCUUAAGUGGGGGUUUUAUCAACAAGAAUAAAACUCAAUGACACAGCUUCAUGGAAAAUAGAUUAUCACAACCUUGUCACCUGUAUGGUUUGCUUUCAUUGGCAAAAUCUUCCCACACACUUAAAAAUAAAAGUCACAUUGCACAAAACUCAUAAGAUUAUUUUACUAGAACUUGAGGGAGAGAAAAUAUACUCUAGUUUUCACAAAGAAAAGAUAACUUUUACAAUGAACUCUGUCCAUAUAGAAGUCAUGUUCUAUUUCAGUUUUAAAUGCCCAGGUACCCAAGGAAUGCACCCUUCUCCUGGCCACGCACACAGUGAGAUGUCAGUAUGUAGCCAUCUUCUCAUGACCUCCAAUGGUGAGGAUCACUUUUCAUAGAUCUCAGAUAGCAGUCCUAAAAAGCUUCUGUUUCUCUGGUCUGUCUCCUCCCAUGGAGAAUGUUGCUGGGUCCUGUGACUGUCACCACCCAUACGCUCUGGUCCAUACAGCUUUCUUCUUAAACUCUGGGAGAACUCUCAGGGAUAGCAGGGUGGCUAGGAGGAAAAGAACACAGGCAGACUGAUGCACUUGACACAGCUAUGCUUUGUCUGAAAAUAUCAUUUUGAUCAAAAAGGUGUCAAAGCAGUAAAUGAGAAAUUUUGCAGAACCAUUGAUGUUUGGCAUGCUAGUGAUAAUUAUUUUUCUUAAUGUCAUUACUAUUUACAUGAGAUGCUGCCUCUGUAACAAUUUACUUUAAACUUGUGUUCUUUUAGACAUGAACUGGUUUAUCUCCAUUAAGUGUUUAAUUAAAGAGAAGCCCUUACACCUAUAAGAAGGCUGAGCUUUUAUGAUCAAUGAAGCAAGUGUACUCACAGUAAACUUUACCUGGACAUGUAUCUGUAAUGUAUGUGUUUCCCAUUGUGUUAUGGGUCACAAGGAACAAUUACAAGUAGAGAAAUUCUGAUUAACCCCGUUUGGUAACUACUAUAUAUUUUUUAUCUUACUCUAGUAUAUUAAUAUAUUCAGAUGUUAUGUAAAAUAAAAGAAUGUGAAGGAC